CCAAGCCAGCCGGACGGAGACAGCCAAGCCCCAGCUCGGAGCCUCCCUGCCCUCUUCUGCGAUUUGCGACGGCGGAACCGUUCAGCCUAAGAGGCAGGUGCCGAGGAUGCGCCUCGGCACACCGGCUUUUCUUACCGGCUCUUCGCCUCGUCUAGGGAAACGGCCCGGGGGCUUAGCGCUGCGCUGACGGGGUGGGUGGGGAUCGUUGUUUUGUCAUUCUCCGAUUGCCUAGAAGGGAAAGGCGGGCCAUCGAGCGAGCGUUUGGGAACGAGGGGGGAGGCAAAGGCGAGACCCGGCGACUUGGUUGCGUAUCUCGAGCGGUGCGUGGGAGAGAGAGAAGCGGGUUUACCCGGGGAGGUCUUCCGAAGUUUAAAAUCGGCCUGAAAGUCACGUCGAGCUUCUCUUCUCUACUUUGCAAGACGGGGCUGUUUACCAACCAGCGGCAGAAAGCAUUUUCUUUUCGCUUGGCCAGGAGCCUGUGCCCUGGAUGAAUUGCCCUCCCCGCCGCUUCUGGUCUGGGGCCAUUUGCUCCCAGCCCCCCCAAAAGGAGAUAUAAUCCUUCUGCUAUCUUGGUUGGCCAGACAGGGCCUUUUCCUUCCACGUCGGGGCUUUGCUCCCGGCUCACCGGGGCACUUGUUGCAGCUCCUCGUUGGGGUUUGGGUGGCCUUGAGGAGACUUCCUUUCCUCCCCCCAAAAUAACGGCGGCCGUUCAACCGAGGUCCAUCUCACUAGCUCCCUCAGGGCACAGCAGGUGCAGGGCCUCUCUCUGCUCCCCCCCCACACCUCCUGCUUCUGGGCCAGAAGGAAAAGGGUUAUCAGAAGCACUUCUGGCCCACCUAACCUAAUCUAUGAUCAGCUCGGUGUGUGUCUCAUCUUACCGUGGGCGCAAAUCAGGGAACAAGCCACCCUCCAAAACAUGCCUGAAGGAAGAGAUGGGCAAAGGAGAAGAGUCCGACAAGAUCACGAUCAACGUGGGGGGCACCCGGCAUGAGACCUACAAGAGCACUUUGCGCACCCUGCCUGGCACCCGCCUGGCCUGGCUGGCGGAUCCCGAUGCCCAAAGCAAUUUUGACUUUGAUGGGAAAAGCAAUGAGUUUUUCUUUGACCGCCACCCAGGCAUUUUCUCUUAUGUCUUGAACUACUACCGCACAGGUAAACUACACUGCCCGGCGGACAUCUGUGGGCCCCUCUUUGAAGAGGAGCUGACUUACUGGGGCAUUGACGAGACUGAUGUGGAGCCUUGCUGCUGGAUGACUUACAGGCAGCACAGAGAUGCGGAGGAAGCCCUGGAUAUCUUCGAGAGCCCUGAGCCUGGCAGUGGGCUGACUGGGGAAGAGAUGGAAGAUGAAGGGGCCCGGGAAAUGACCCUUCAACACCUGGGCAUGGAGGAUAGGCCUCCUGGGGCCUCAGGAGGAGGAGGAUGUGGCUGUUGUCGGAAUUGGCAGCCAAAGAUGUGGGCACUUUUUGAGGAUCCCUAUUCAUCAAAGGCAGCCCGGAUCAUUGCCUUUGCUUCACUUUUUUUUAUUCUGGUAUCCAUCACAACUUUUUGUCUGGAGACACAUGAAGCCUUCAUCAUAGACACCAAUGUGACUGAGACCCUAGUAGUGGGCAACACAACUGAGAUUGUUGUGAUGAAAAAGAUGGAGACAGAGCCUAUUCUCACUUGUAUUGAAGGAGUUUGUGUGCUGUGGUUCACUCUAGAGUUUCUGGUGCGCAUUGUUUGCUGCCCGGAUAAAUUGAUCUUCAUUAAGAACCUUCUUAACAUCAUUGACUUUGUAGCCAUUCUACCCUUCUACUUAGAGGUGGGACUCAGUGGCCUAUCAUCCAAAGCUGCACGAGAUGUGCUGGGCUUCCUGAGGGUAGUUCGUUUUGUCAGAAUCCUCCGGAUCUUCAAGCUGACCCGCCAUUUUGUGGGACUUCGGGUGUUGGGCCAUACACUCCGGGCCAGUACUAAUGAAUUCCUCCUUCUCAUCAUCUUCUUGGCUCUAGGAGUUUUAAUUUUUGCUACCAUGAUCUAUUAUGCCGAAAGGAUUGGUGCCAAGCCAUCUGAUCCUAGUGGUAGUGACCAUACCCACUUUAAGAAUAUUCCCAUUGGAUUUUGGUGGGCAGUGGUAACCAUGACAACUUUGGGUUAUGGAGACAUGUAUCCAAAAACCUGGUCAGGUAUGUUGGUGGGAGCUCUUUGUGCCCUGGCUGGUGUUCUUACCAUUGCUAUGCCUGUUCCAGUGAUUGUUAACAACUUUGGAAUGUAUUACUCAUUGGCCAUGGCGAAGCAAAAGCUCCCAAAGAAGAAAAAGAAGCACAUACCCCGUCCAGCACCACUUGACUCUCCAACGUUCUGCAAAUCGGAGGACAACUCGCCUCACAACAGUAUUCAGAGUUACAACAGUCCUCUAACAGCAGCAACAGCAGCUGGGGUGAUGGAGAGGAAAAGAUCAGACACCAAGCAGAAUGGAGAUGCCAAUGUGGUCCUGUCAGAUGAAGAUCAACCUCUUUCGUCACCCCAAGAGGAGAAGCAACUCAUGAGGGGCUCAAGUACCAGGGACAAAAACAAGAAAGCAGCAACCUGUUUUCUCCUGAGCACUGGAGAUUUCUCUUGUGCUUCUGAUGGUGGCAUCCGGAAAGAUCUCUUCUUUCAGUAAAACAUGGACAUGAUGAAAGGAACUGAGGGCUGGUUCACUUUUAUAGCACUUACUUUGCCUGUCUGUGGGUAUGUAUGAAGCAUUUGUGUACUCCGUUGUGUAUAAAAAGUACACUGUACUGCUAUGGCUAAAUAGCAUAUUGUUUUUAUGCCAGAUAGGAUUGUCAAGGUUCCGACUGACGAACCCAACCAUGCCAGCUCUAGAGACAAUCAGAUCUCUUUAAGCAUAAUUUUAUUGAGUACAUCAUUUCAGCAUGCAUGAAGCAAAAUCAACUCUUUACUAGUUCCUGCGGUUUUCACCUAAUUAAACAAUGACUUCUUUCCCCCCCUCCCUCAACCAGGUCAUAUUGUCCAAAUAGGUGUUCUGGUGUCAUUAUGGCAACUCCUUCAGGCCCUUGCCAAACAUCUGUUGAGAUGGCCUUGGUUCCCAUGGGAUGGUUUCUUGUUGUCUGGGCUGGCAUUCCAAACCUCCCCCAUUAGUCUGUGGCAAGCUGAGAAACGAAAAGAUGGCUGCAACAGCAGGGCACACUUUGAAGUUUGACAAGGGUCUUCUAUGUAUUUUGAACUGGUUGACUAUUCCUGUUUUAUACACUUUCCCCGCCCCCCAUCCAUCUAUUACAAGCUGCUCUACUAACUUGAAAUUUUAUGAUCUCAGAUCAGUGUUCCUACCAGUUCGGCCCGGUUCCCUGGUUGCCGCAGUCGUCUCUGCCAUCUUGUUUUUUAAUUCUGUGCAUGCACAGAAAAAUUUCUAUUGAAUUGCGCAUGCACACAAACAAAUCGGCAGUAAUGCGGCUAGAACCCACCUCUGUCUUAGAGGCUAGGUUAGUGCUUUGAUUGCCAGGAACUGAAAGUUCAGAUUACUGGGAAAUGACCUGAUAUACCUAUUUCAUCAUUAAUCCCCCCUCCCCGCCCCCAAGAUUUGCCCUUUAUUAGCAGUGUGAGAUUUUAGAAGCAAGAUUAGAGUUGCAUAGAUUUUCUCUUUCAUAGAGAUGUUCCAGUCAGCUCAAGACAGCUGUACUUAGCUUGUGCCUUGUAUAAGUAAAACAGCUAUUAGAGAUUAAACACUUCUCCUUAGAACUAAUGUGCUUUUUAACUGAGGCACUUCCAGCUGCAAGCCAGAGUGAUUGAUCAUUGAGUGAUGUAGUGUUGUCAUGCAUAUGUGAAUCAGUUGGAGUGAUUUCUAAUCAUAAUGUGGCUAUAAUAAAUAAAACUACUGAAGAUACUGUGCAAUAAUAUGAAACUCUGGAGGUUUCAGUCCCCCUUCAACUGGCUUUGCUAUUUUUUUCCUCAAGUCUAACAGCAGUUGUUUAACAGGACGAAGUUUAACCACUAAAUUUUUUCCCAAGAAGGAACUCUAGUUCUGGAGAGAGGAGAAUUCAUUCGGCCCCUUGAGGCAUAUUGUUCCAUCAGGAAAAAUUUCAGUUCAGAGCAUUGCCUUCUCAUAAGAGAUCAGCAAUGGAUGGGAAAAGAGUUAUCUGUUAAUGUGUUCCUUUUAAGUUCAAAGAAGAGGCUGGCCUGCCAAUUAAAGCUAUGAAUUAAAAAUGCACUUAUUUAAUUAUCAGCCGGAUUUUCCUAAACUUAGACAUGCCACUCCCUUUGUCUACACCCAUUUUUUAACUGGUAAUAUAAGAAUAAUCUGCUUUCUCCUUUUCCAAACUGAGUAUAAAUAUAUAUCCUCAUAUUACAGCUAUUUGUUCAGUGAUUGCUGAAAGUUACAACGGCACUGGUAAAAAAUGACUUAUGACAGCUCCUCACAUUUAUGACAAUCGCACAUCUCAUAGUCACAGGUUCAGAAUUCAGGCACUUGGCAACUGAUAUGUAUUUAUGAUCGUUGUAGCAUCCCAGGGUGCUACAUCAUCAUUUGCAAGCUUUCCAGCUGGCUCCUGACAAGUAAAAGCAAUGGUGAAAUCCAGAUACACUUAAUAACCGCAUGAUUGACUUAGUAGCUGCAGCAAUUUGUUUAAUAACCAUGGCAAAAAGGCCAUAAAAUCAGGUGCAACUCACAACCAUCCUGCUUAGCAAUGGAAAUUCUUGCCCCAAUUGUGGUCAUAAGUUGAGAAAUACCUGAGUAGCUUGGGUUACAGUUUCUCCAAAAGGAAAGGAUAUUUUCAGGGACCAAUUAGUCCUGGUGAUGCAGUGGUUAGAAUACAGUAUUGCAGGCUAACUCUGCCCACUGCCAGGAGUUUGAUCCUGACCUGUUUGAUCCUGGCUGUAUUUGGUAUUUCUGUAACCUAAAUUGCUGAAGGCUGUGUUAUAAGUCUUUUUGCUGUUUUUUACUUCAUUGAUACUGAAAUGUUUUGAGAUUGCGUGAAUUAAUUAUUCCCUCUUUAUUAAGCCUCAAGAAUGGCAUUCUUACUAUAUCUUUGAUUUAAUUUCCAAUGUCCUAAACUUUUAUUAAACUAAUGGUAAAGUAAAUGGUCCACUAUGUAGAUUUAAUGUGUUAGCCAGAAACAGAUGUGUUCCAGAACAAUAUUUGUACAGUCAAAAAUGUGUGUGUAUGUGGCGGAGGGGGGGGUCACCUUUCUUUUUGUGAGCAGAUGCUACCUUGUGGUGAUCUGAUGAUCCUUCUGAAAAUGAAAAUGCUCUUUGUGUAGUUAGUCAGAUAUAGUACUCUCCGUUCCCACUGUGCUUUUGUCUUAUUCUUCUCGGUCAGCCAAGCCACCCUAUGUGCAUCUGGGCAUUUUUGGAGGCCUUUAGAAAGCUGAAUGAAUCAUCACUGCUCUUCCCUUUGAAGCAGCUUUGGAACCUCCAGAAGAAAGAUCCCAUUUUUCUCAUUUCAUGUCGCUACAAAAAAGUUUAUUUUAAAUCCAUUCAAGUCCCAGUAGUCAAUGGGAAGCAAAAGGUAUUUAAUAGUGUGUCAAUGCCAGAUCUAUUCAAUCAAAACUAACCCCAAGGCAAACUUUGGUCAUGAGACAGAACUGAAAAGGGGGAUUGGUUGGAGUUUAUUUUAUUGCCUGCUUGUAAUCUUUUACUGUGAAAGAAUCUGAAAAUGCUUGUUUUUUCAGGACUCUUGAAUCCUCAGUGACUGUCACUAGAAGCUGGGAUUGGCUCAAGAAAUGUUCCUGUUAAAAAUGUAUACAAGGAGAAUGUAAGCUGGAAGGACCUAUCAAUUUGCUGUAAUCCUGCUUGCUGUGUAUUCAAUAUAUAAAAAUGUAUCUGAGACAUCCAGGGUUACUCCAUACUAUCAAUGUCAAGAUGGGCUGUCAACCAGUACAAGCAUUUGGAAUGUUUCACAAUCAGCGUUUUAUUGUGUGGACCAACUUGUUGGCCAGCAUUGCUGCUAUUUCACUGUAGAAAUGUGAAUGGUUCCUGGACUUCAUUACAGAUGGACACUGCUAAUCUUAGAUACCUUCCAGCAGACUCCUGCAGAUGCUUCAACAUGUAAGUGCCAACCUAGCAUUGUCUGCAGAUAGUAUUUUGUUUUAGACUCUACUGUGUGUAUUCCUGGCUUCUUCAGUAGGAAAUUCCCUUUCUGUAUAUGAUAUUCAUGGAACUAUUUGGGAAUUUGAAGCCACAAGAUGUUGCAAGGUGAAAGUAGCUUGUGGAUGUAUUUAAGGAAAAAGAAGAACCAUUAGACUGUUUCCCCCUCAGUGCUGUUACUGCAUUCCCAGACAGUAUUUAGAACUAUUAUCUUCUGUGCUGUACACAUGGCUCUUCUUGUCAAACUAUAAAAAAGUCUUAAUAAAAAGAUCUGGGAACUAAAUUACAACUUUGGGUAUUUUUCUGUGGCCUUUUAAAAAAUAACUUGUUUGAUGAACCACCACAACUAGCAUAAGGUUUCACUGGAUUGUCUUGACACUGAAAUGGAUCUUGAUUAUCUACACAAGACCCUUUGCAUUCAUAUCAUAGCCUCUCACACUCUCUAGCAGUCCCUGAGGAAUAGCAAUAGCACUUAGACUUAUAUACCACUUC